AGUCUCUCACAGAAGGCUGGAGGUGAAGGAACAUUCAGACACACUGGUUUCUAAGAAGAGUCUGCUGACAACAUACCCAAGGUGUCUUCUGAAAAUUAUAAGAAAUCCUGAGUUUCUGUUAGGGGAUUGGCUCCAGCUCCAUUGUCCCUCCCCCAUCAUUCAAUAGUCUCCGCAAAAGCCCUUAGAGCCAGUGUUGCUCCACAGGAAGCCAAGAAGCACACAGGAAAAGGAGCUUAGCUGCUGGUGCUGCUGGCAAGAUGGAAACCAACUUCUCCACUCCUCUGAAUGAAUAUGAAGUGUCCUAUGAGUCUGCUGGCUACACUGUUCUGCGGAUCCUCCCAUUGGUGGUGCUUGGGGUCACCUUUGUCCUCGGGGUCCUGGGCAAUGGGCUUGUGAUCUGGGUGGCUGGAUUCCGGAUGACACGCACAGUCACCACCAUCUGUUACCUGAACCUGGCCCUGGCUGACUUUUCUUUCACAGCCACAUUACCAUUCCUCAUUGUCUCCAUGGCCAUGGGAGAAAAAUGGCCUUUUGGCUGGUUCCUGUGUAAGUUAAUUCACAUCGUGGUGGACAUCAACCUCUUUGGAAGUGUAUUCUUGAUUGGUUUCAUUGCACUGGACCGCUGCAUUUGUGUCCUGCAUCCAGUCUGGGCCCAGAACCACCGCACUGUGAGUCUGGCCAUGAAGGUGAUCGUCGGACCUUGGAUUCUUGCUCUAGUCCUUACCUUGCCAGUUUUCCUCUUUUUGACUACAGUAACUAUUCCAAAUGGGGACACAUACUGUACUUUCAACUUUGCAUCCUGGGGUGGCACCCCUGAGGAGAGGCAGAAGGUGGCCAUUACCAUGCUGACAGCCAGAGGGAUUAUCCGGUUUGUCAUUGGCUUUAGCUUGCCAAUGUCCAUUGUUGCCAUCUGCUAUGGGCUCAUUGCAGCCAAGAUCCACAAAAAGGGCAUGAUUAAAUCCAGCCGUCCCUUACGGGUCCUCACUGCUGUGGUGGCUUCUUUCUUCAUCUGUUGGUUUCCCUUUCAACUGGUUGCCCUUCUGGGCACCGUCUGGCUCAAAGAGAUGUUGUUCUAUGGCAAGUACAAAAUCAUUGACAUCCUGGUUAACCCAACGAGCUCCCUGGCCUUCUUCAACAGCUGCCUCAACCCCAUGCUUUACGUCUUUGUGGGCCAAGACUUCCGAGAGAGACUGAUCCACUCCCUGCCCACCAGUCUGGAGAGGGCCCUGUCUGAGGACUCAGCCCCAACUAAUGACACGGCUGCCAAUUCUGCUUCACCUCCUGCAGAGACUGAGUUACAGGCAAUGUGAGGAUGGGGUCAGGGAUAUUUUGAGUUCUGUUCAUCCUACCCUAAUGCCAGUUCCAGCUUCAUCUACCCUUGAGUCAUAUUGAGGCAUUCAAGGAUGCACAGCUCAAGUAUUUAUUCAGGAAAAAUGCUUUUGUGUCCCUGAUUUGGGGCUAAGAAAUAGAGUCAGGCUACUAUAAUAUUAGUGUUAUUUUUUGUUUUUUGACUUCUGCCUAUACCCUGGGGUAAGUGGAGUUGGGAAAUACAAGAAGAGAAAGACUGGUGGGGAUUUGUAAGACUUAGAUGAGAUAGCGCAUAAUAAGGGGAAGACUUUAAAGUAUAAAGUAAAAUGUUUGCUGUAGGUUUUUUAUAGCUAUUAAAAAAAUCAGAUUAUGGACGUUUUCUUCUAUUUUUAGUUUGCUAAGAGUUUUCUGUUUCUUUUUCUUACAUCAUGAAUGGACUUUGCAUUUUAUCAAAUGCAUUUUCUACAUGUAUUAAGAUGGUCAUAUUAUUCUCCUUCUUUUAUGUAAAACAUUAUAAAUAAUGUUCAUUAAGUUCUGAAUGUUAAACUACUCUUGAAUUCCUGGAAUAAACCACACUUAGUCCUGAUGUACUUUAAAUAUUUAUAUCUCACAAGAGUUGGUUAGAAUUUCUGUGUUUAUGUUUAUAUACUGUUAUUUCACUUUUUCUACUAUCCUUGCUAAGUUUUCACAGAAAAUAAGGAACAAAGAGAAACUUGUAAUGGUCUCUGAAAAGGAAUUGAGAAGUAAUUCCUCUGAUUCUGUUUUCUGGUGUUAUAUCUUUAUUAAAUAUUCAGAAAAAUUCACCAGUGAAGCCAACUUGGUCUUGUGUUUUCUUUCUGGGAAGAUUUUUAAUAACAAGUUUGUUUUCUUUAACAGUCAUUAGACUCUUCUGUUUUUUGUUUUUUUGUUUUUUCCUAUCUGUCAGUUUUGGUAAACUGAAUUUCAAGGAGUUUGGCCAUUUCAUUCAAACUGUCAAACUCAUCGGCAUGAAAUAGUAUAAGAACUGUUUAAAAGUUAUAAAACAGUAUGAAACUUGGCUGGGUGCGGUGGCUCAUGCCUGUAAUCCAAGCACUUUGGGAGGCCAAGAAGGGUGGAUCACCUGAGGUCAGGAGUUCGAGACCAGCCUGGCCAACAUGGUAAAACCCCAUCUCUACUUAAAAUACAAAAAUUAGCUGGGCAUGGUGGUGCACACCUGUAAUCCCAGCUACUUAGGAGGCUGAGGCAGGAGAAUUGCUUGAACCCGGGAGGUGGAGGUUGCAGUGAGCCAAGACUGUGCCAUUGCACUCCAGCCUAGGGGACAAGAGUGAGACUUUGUCUGAAAAAAAAAAAAGUAUGAAACUUGAAAUGCUUUCUUUUAUGUAUUUAUUAAUUUCUGAUUUUUGUUCUUCUUGUUGUUGUUAUUAUUCUAGAGCACAGCCUUUGGAGAUACAGUUUCUUUUAAACAAUGAAAAUGUAAGCUCUCUGAAGUCAGGGAUUUUGGUCUGUAUGGUUUGCUGAUUGAACCCCAUCCUCUAUGUGUAAAAUACUGUCUGAUAUGUAAUAGACAUUCAUUAAAUACUCAUUGAAUAAACGAAUCAAUAAACAAUAGUAUCACC